UCGUGUGUUUACAAAGAUUCAAAAUAAGAAGCUAUUGCCUGCUGUCAAACAGUUGGCAAAUGAUAGUAUGCUAACCAGUGCUUUGAAGGUGAGAGAAGUCAACAGCAAUGGAGAAUGUGGUAUUUCAAUGGAUGGUACUUGGCAGAAAAGGGGGCAUGCUUCGCACAAUGGAAUCGUAACAGCUAUUUCCUUGGACCCAAGAAGUGCAUAGAUGUUGAGGUGCUGUCAGACAAGUGUCAACAAUGUUUGAAGUGGGGGAAAAAGCAAAGUGAUCCCAGGUACCAUUCAUGGAAAGCAUCACAUAAUUGUAAGAUCAACCAUAAAGGGAGUGCAAAUAACAUGGAAUCAUCGGGAGCAGUGAAGAUUUUUGAAAGAUCGGUUAACACCAGAGGCUUAAAGUACACCAGUAUGCUUGGUGAUGGAGAUUCUGCUACGUACAAUAGUAUUGUUGAAAGAAAACCAUAUGGAGAAGAGUGCACUCCUAAAAAGUUAGAAUGUAUCGGGCAUGUUCAAAAGAGGGUGGGAAGUCGUCUAAGGAAAUUAAAGAAUACGAAGAAAGGGGUGAAAUUGAGUGAUGGGAAAGGAAUAAGUGGAAAAGGGAGACUUACUGAUGGAAAAAUUGAUAUGCUUCAGAAUUAUUAUGGUUUAGCUGUGAGAAACAAUCUGAAUGAUGUAAAUGAAAUGGCUAAGCAGAUUAAGGCAGCUCUCUUUCAUGUAGCCUCAACAAAUGAAAAACCCCGCCAUCAGCUUUGCCCUAUUGGAAGUGACAGUUGGUGUGGUUACCAGAGAGAUAAAGAGACAUAUGUACAUAAGAAUGGUAUUCCUGAUUGCAUUGUAGAGCUAAUAGAGCCCAUAUUAGAUAAUCUCAGCAACCCUAGCUUGUUGUCGAAAUGCACACACGGGUUGACCCAGAAUGUAAACGAGUGUCUGAAUGGUCUUAUCUGGGAUCGGUGCCCUAAGACAAUUUAUGUGGAACAAGAAACUGUUGCUCUAGCCACUUACUUGGCUAUACUCAAGUUCAAUGAUGGGGACAUUUCCUUGUUAAAGAUGCUAACUGAAUUGGACAUAGUACCCGGUUUGUUUGCCAGUAAGGGAGCUCAUGAUUGCGAUCGGGAUCGCAUCAACCUCUCAGUCAAAAUGAGCUCUGAAAAGGUGAAAAAAAGAAGAAAAGUGCGCAGGCAUUUAAGAAAAAAACAUAUAGAUGAUGCUAAAGACAAAGAAGGUGUAACUUAUGAACCUGGUCAUUUCUGAGGCAGUUUUAAGGUCAUUAAAACACAACUAUAACUUUAAAUAACAAUUUCUUACUUUCAUGAUUUCGGCAAAGAGGACUAUCUUUGUGACACCAUAACUUCUUUAUUAUUAAUAGUAUUAGGCUAAAAUUUUGUGUGUGAAAAGCAAAUGAACUAUUU